ACAAAUGCACGUAGCGUUCGGAUACAGUUCGCGAUAUUGAUAUUUAAGUCGCGUCACAUUAAACGGACGAUGUUAUUAACUAAACUUGCGUUGUUUACUAACGAAGAAUUGAGCAUACACCAAAAUCUCCAAAUAACCUUUGUUCUUAUGUUGCUUGUAAAUGCUGGUGUGGAAGGCAUAUUUUUAUAAAACCACAUUUUCAAUGUUUACCUUCCUCAGUGGCUUGGACCUCAAACUCAGUGAUCGACGAUAAUUUCAGACAUGGAUUAUUACUUCCUUGAUAAAGAUGGAGAAAAUUCCAAAAGUGGAACUGUAGACGUAGGGAAGGGUGGUAAUUCAGACGAGGACUUUCCCAAGGAAAUUGUAUAUCCAUCAUCAACCGAGACUGAAGUUUCAUCUUCAUGCAGUGACAUUAAUAAGAGUAAGGUGGAUGAAAUGGAGGAAGCAGAAAAUUCCAGUAACAUGAAUAAUUCUCCUGAAGAGGAACAAGAAGUUUUGGGAAGUUCAGAUGAGCAAAUUAUGAGAAUCAUAAGUGACAGCCAUGAAAAUGAAUCUCCGGAUGCUGGAGUAAACAAAAAUGAUCAGGUACAAGAAGAUGAAAAUGCUUUUGAGUCCACAAGAGAGAGUAUAUUGAAGAAUGUUAUCGAUGCAGGUUCAGAUGGUACACAUGAGGAAAAUGAGCCAGCCAGUGAGAAUGCUGUGAACAUGUGUAGAGAAGAAAAUUGUGAGCUUGAUGAAACACUGCCUGCCUUAGAUCACAUAACUACAGAUGAAGAAAGUUCAAAAUCCAAUAUAAGCAGUGAAGUUGCAAGUAGCCAAGAUAAAGUUAAAAGCCCUAGUAUUUUUGAUAGUUUUUGUAAUGAAAAUUCGGAUAUCACAACCAGCCAAGGAAGUAGUUAUAGUGACACAAGUAAUAAGGAAGACAAAGAAUCAUCAUUUGUACCUGAAAAUCCUUUCAAAAGUAAAAAGCUUCGUCGAAACAACAAUUUUGAUUCAAGUGAAAAGAAAGAUGGUGAGGAUAGUGAAAAAAUGUUGGCAGACAAGAAUAUAAAUGUCACAGAUCAUGACAGAGAAAUCACAUCACCUACACAAGUCAGUAGUACCCCUGACAUUCAAGAAGUAAAUCAAAUAUCAGAUAGCCAUGAAGAAAAAGAACUUCUUAACAAAGAAUAUACUGAAGUAAGUAAACAGGACUCUGAAGAAAAGAGUAAAGAAAAUAAAACAGAAGAAUGUAAUGAAAUGAUCCAAGAAACCAAAGACAAUCAUGAAGGCAGUGGGUUGGGAACUACAGAAGACAGUCAUGAAAGUAAUGGAUUGCCCAUUAAAGAAUACACCCGAGAAGGUGAUGGGAUGGAGGUAACAGAAGACAAACAUGUAAAUGAUGGUUUGGCAACUACAGGAGACAGUUUUGAAGGAAAUGACUUGGGACCUACAGACGAAAAUGAUUCCUUAGUAGAGGGAGAGAAUGAAACAAAACAUAUUAAAAAAACUCCAGUGAUUGAAAAUAUGAAUGAACCAGAAGUUACAGAGGGAUCUGACAAAUUGGCUGCCACAGAUAAUACAGAUAGUACUGACUUCAGAGAAGGAUGUGUGGAUCAGACCAAGGCUAAUAAUACAGAAUACAUGGCAUCACCAAAUAUAUCAUUAGAUCGACCAGAUGCUAAUAAUAAGAGAAAUUUAGUGGAGGGGGAUGAAAACACAAUUAAGAAAUUUAAGGCUGGAACAAUUGAAACAAAAAUUCUAGUUGAUGCAGGCAGCAAUUUUAAAGGGUUGGAUGCCAAAGAUGUAGAAAGCUCCAGCAGUGAUGCUUUAAGAGAGGAGAUAACAAGCAAUCAGUGUGAUGAAGAAACUGAAACUACAGUGGAUAUAUAUAGCAGAGAUACUGAAACUAGUAUGGAUAUUGAAAACAAGACAGUCAAUGGUUUGGAACAUGAACCAAUUGAGAGUUCUCUGGAUGCAGAAGAAAGGUCUCUGCUGGAAAGUGAGAUUUCAUUUUCCAGUAAGUCUCAGAUAGAAGACUUGAGUAAGUCUCAGGCAGAAGACUCGAGUAAGUCUCCGACAGAAGACUCCAGUGAUACUCACACACAAAUAACUAAACAUUCAAAAGAAUCAGAGAAGACAUCUGAUGAACCAGAAUGUGAUGAAAUGAAUGACCAAGAAGAGGGCACAAACCAAAUUGAAGAUUUAAGUAAAGAUAAAAUGUCAAGAUCAGAAGAAACGCUGGAAGAAUCCUCCUCAAGACCAGAAGCAGAAGAUAAAAAGCAAAAGGAAGCAAGCAGUUUUGAUGCAUGCGAUGUGCCUGAAGAUAGCCAAGAAAAUACAGGUAAGGCCGUACCAGAUGCAGGUAAUGUGCCUGAAGAUAGCCAAGAAAAUACAGGUGAUACUUAUUUAGAUUAUGAUGAAGAAAGCAUAGAAAAUAUUAGUAGAACCAUCAGAUCUUUUAGUAAUGAAAAAUCAAGUCCUAAAAUAUCAGACAAUAGAAAUACAAACCAAAAGGACACCACUGUAUCAAAGAGAGUGAUCAUUGUGAAAACAGCACCCAACGUUGAGAAAGUAAAACGGAAACUAGAGGAGAUUUUGGAGAGAUCUAAGGGAGAAGAAGAUGCUGCCAUUGCUGAACUGCAGAGAAUGAAGAAAGAGAAAACUGACAUUCUCAAUGCCAUAACAACUGAAAUGGAGAAAUUAAAGUCCAUGUUAGUAAAAGGGAAACAAGGAUAAGUUAUUUUCAUUAUGGAAAAUCUGCUAGACUAGAUAUUCUUAAACAUAGCAGAAACAGUUGUACAGAUGUGGAAUUCUCUGAGACUUUUAUUCUGUUGACUAGGCUAGUUAAGAUAUUCCCAAAAAUAUUUUUGUACAAUUACUACUCAAUAACAGCAGUGUAAUUUGAAGACAUUUUUGGGGGAAAAAAGUACAAGCAUUUAUGACUUCUUUUAUAUAAAAAAAAAAAAAAAAAUUACCACAUAACAUUGUUUUCUCUUUACUUACAUUUUACCCUUCUGAAUGUUUUAAUAUUUUGUUAAAAAUAAAGAAUAUUUGACAA